AUGGAGUCCACAUUCUCUCAUCAGAACUCGAUACCGAGUCUUCCACUUCCUGGAUUGAAGGAUACAAUUGAGAAAUAUCUCAAAUCAUUGUCUCCAAUUGAUUCCAAAGAAGAACUUGAACAUGUAACCUCCCUUGCAAGAGGAUUCGGAGAUUCCGAAAAUGGCAGAAAACUUCAAAAUUUCCUUGAACUGAAAUCAAGUAGCUCCAAAAAUUGGCUGGAAGACUGGUGGUACGACGCUUAUACUACAAACCAAGACACAUUGCUCACACAAAAUAUGGGAGCAAUUAUUCCAAAGUCAUUUAUGAGUAACACCUCACAAAUUGGCAUGGCUUCACAGAUUAUUCAUCACCUGAUGAAUUAUUGGAGUCGAGUCAGGCAUGAAAAAAUCGAAAUCACUAAAAGCAGAGGGAUCAAUUGGGAUAUGUCCCAAGUUUAUAAUUUGUUCAACGCUUGUAGAACUCCAGCAGUCUCAAAGGACAAAAUCGAACGGUAUUUUUGCACUGAAUCCGAAGGCUUUUGUCCUUCACAUAUCGUGGUCCUCUACAAUGGACAUAUCUGGAAAAUGGAAACUGUGCAAAACGGAAAGAUUUUGAGUGUUCCUGAGAUUCGAAACAUUCUAGAAAUCAUCAAAUCUGGCUCGAAUAGAACUGACGAAAAUUCAAUCGUGAAAUUAACAUCACUGGAAAGAGACACCUGGGCUAAAAUCCGCGAAUCCAUGAUUUGCAAUUCUAGCCGAAACCGGAAAAUGUUUGAAGCUAUAGAUAGUGCGGUUCUCUGUCUAACACUGGCCAAUGAUUUUGUAGAAAAUGAUUCAGAGCUCAUGAAAUACUCUAUCUUUGGAUCCCCCUUGAACGCUUAUAUGGACAAAAAUCUCAAUAUUAUAGUACUCAAGGACGGAAAAGCUUGUUUGCAAGCGGAGCACGGAAAUGUUGACGCGAUCUCUCUAUUUGCGCCGUGUGACUUUGCCGCUGACCAAUUUCUGGAUGAUUCCGAAUUGAGUGAAAAGACUCUUGAAAAUAGCUCCUCAACGCCCACUAUUGAAAAAAUCGACUUCUUGUUAACGGGAUCGGUUUCCUCAAGGAUUGCCGAAGCUGAGAAGCAGUUUUUCGCUUUGAGCUCAAGAAUCAAUGUGAACGUGUAUCACUACUCAAAUUUCGGAGCAACGUUUUGUAAAAGCAGAAAAUUGUAUGCUGAUACAAUUAUACAAAUUGCAUUACAAAUGGCUUACUUGAAAACUCAUAACAAGUUGGCACCAAUCUAUGAAACUGCCUCAACCCGGAAAUUCUACCAUGGACGGACAGAAACAGUUCGAAGUUUGACGCCAGACCUUGCCAAGUACCUAGAAGCCUGUGAAAAUUCCGCAACGAACGAAACUAUCAAAACACUGUUCUUUGAUGCCUAUAACUCACAUAAUACGUUGAUGGACGCUGCUCGAGACGGAAAAGGAAUUGAUAGACAUUUCCUUGGACUGAGUUUCCUUGGCUACAAUGAAAAUGGAUGUUUCGGCUAUGUAGUUCCAAUGUGUAAAGACGGAUACGGUGCUUUCUAUCGCAUCAAUGCUUCUAGAUUCACAUUCACCUUAUCCAAUUACUUUGACGACGCAACGAAUGGCGACGAAUUCCGCGAGAACCUCGAGUAUUCUCUCGAUUUCAUCAAGAACGUGAUUGUGACCAACGAAUAA